UUUUUCCAAACCUUUACCCGCAAAAAACCAAAUGGAAAAUCAAACCCAUGUAUCACCACCACCACCACUUCUUCCGCCGCCGCCGCCACCAUCAACCACCGCCGAUUCCUCCUCCUCCGACCACAAUGCCACCAUCUCCACUGAUAAAAACCCUCGACACAAACGAAAAAAAGUCGCAAUCCUCUUCGCAUACUGCGGCGCAGGUUAUCUAGGCAUGCAAAAGAACCCAGAAGCCAAAACAAUCGAAGGAGAACUCCAACAAGCCCUCUGCAUCUCCGGCGCUAUUCCUAAACCCGACCUUCACUGCCCCAAAAUAUUCGACUUUGCCCGAUCUGCCCGAACAGACAAGGGCGUUAGUGCCGUUGGUCAAGUGGUUUCUGGGAAGUUCUAUAUGGACCCACCUGGGUUUGUUGAGAGGAUUAACAAUAACUUGCCGGAUAAGUUUAGGGUUUAUGGGUUUAAGCAUGUGACGGCGUCGUUUAGUGCCAAGAAGUCUUGUGUUGGAAGGAGGUAUGUUUAUUUGUUACCGGUUUUUGCACUUGAUUGUUCGGCUCAUCGUGAUAGAGGGAGUGUGUUGGCUAGUUUGGGCUCGGGGAAUGAGCUUGUUAGGUGUUUUGAGUGCUCGGAAAGAGGUAGAAAAGUGUUCGGUGCAACAGCUGUUCAGUCGGGCAUUUCGUCGAACACUUGGAAUGUGGUAUUUAAACUAGACGAUAUACGGGGGAAUUUGACGGGUUUAGAUAAUGGGAAUGGUUGUAAAGAAGGUGAGUGCUCCGAGAGAGGCCAGGAAGCGGUUGGGGCAAUGGAUGCUCAGUCGGGCAUUUCGUCGAACACCUGGAGUGCGGUAACUGGUGUUGGCAAUGGGGAAGAUGGCAACAUUGUGAAGGAGAAUGUGUAUUGUUAUGGUGAUAAAGAGAGGCAGAGGUUUAACAAGAUACUUAAGCAGUAUGAAGGGACUCACAAUUUUCAUAAUUUUACUACGAAAAUGAAGGCGACGGACCCGGCUGCUAAUCGGAACAUUAUCUCGUUUAAUGCUGACACGACUAUUACGAUAGAUGGGAUAGAGUUUGUGAAAUGUGAAGUUGUUGGGCAGAGCUUUAUGCUUCACCAGAUAAGAAAGAUGAUUGGUGUUGCGGUUGCUGUUAUGAGGAAUUGUGCUCUGGAAUCGUUGAUUGAAACUGCUCUACGACCGGAUGUUAAAAUCAAUGUGCCGACAGCUCCCGAAGUCGGUUUAUAUUUAGAAGAGUGCUUUUUCUCAUCAUAUAACGAGAUAUGUAAAGAUACCCACGAAGAAGUAUCGAUGAAAGAUUAUGCAGAAGAAGCUGAGGAAUUCAAAUUAAAACAUAUCUAUCCUCACAUUGCUUCAACCGAGCAUAAAGAAGGAACCGUUGCUGUUUGGCUGCAUUCUUUAAAUUACCGAAAUUAUCCAGAUUUAUGCCCUGAGGAGAACCGUGGAGCAAAUGAAGUGUCGGGAACUCAAACCGAAGAGACAACCAGGCUCCUUUCACACAAUUAUGAAAAGCCGAGCCACAUUUCAUCAAGCUGUUUCAUCAGGCACCCUUCACACUAUUAUGAAAAGCCGACUGUUCACUGGAUCGAUUUAGAGCAUCUUGCUACCGCUAUGAAGAAUCGUCUAAACAGGGUUUUACCUUAUAUUCAUGAACUCCGUGUUCGGUACGGUGGUGUGACCGACAACGCGGUUACUGAUACCAUAAUUUCUGAUGUUAACAUGAUGGUCGACACCGCAAUGUCGGUUACUUACAACAGACUGCGUUUUAUCCUCCAGAGUCAUGCAUCUACCGUUUUUGUUGCUCAGAUGAACCCCAAAUCGCCUCUUAGCAACAAGUUUAAGUUUCCCGCCUUUAUCUCGUCUGUACUUGGUAGCAUUGGGCCCCUACGGAUAAUGAACGGUCUUCAAGACGCGCUGGUCGUGUAUGCCACGUCACCAGACAGGAGUAAAACGUGUGGACGCGCUCAACAUUUUGAAUUCAUAAGCGGUCACUUCUUUCGCCUCAUCGAUAAUCUAGAAGCGAUCGGUGUACCUCUUGCACCAAUCGACGUGAAGGGAGGCAAUCGUGCGGGGUCGUUUUACCCCACCAUCCUCCUGGACCGCGUAAACGGUUGGCUGGAGUUUACCGCCACGUGUCAUUACUCUAACUACAAGCAUCGGGAUAUCGAUAGCGCUUGGCUCACUAUAAACGACGAUCCUGCCCUCCGGGCUUUUCCGGAUUGUAGUUUGCGGAUCGAGUGUUGCACCAAUCCCGACGUCGUGAAUGCUGUUAUUGCAUCACGGCCCGAGGGUGUUCCUGAUGAUGUGGACGGAGCUACGGCUCCUGCUCGGCCGGUUGGUUUGAUUUUUAAUGUGAACGAGUUCGGGGUUCGACCGGCAGUUGCAGCCGAGGGUGGGAACCCGGCGAUUCCAGCUGCGGUUUACAUAGUUGGCCGAGGCAGUAAACGCUAUUUUUGCACCUCACUUGCUCGAGGCCUGACGGAAGAUGAAAUGACUUCGAGGCUGCGGGAAUAUAUCAUGAGAUAUGACUCAGUGUGUACAAUUACAAGUAAAGGUUUUUAGGCAUAAUAUUGUAAGCCUUUCUUCCUUCUUAAAUGUUUAGCUAUUUUCAAGUUAGCAUAAAAAGCUUCUUAUUUCAGAUAAAUCUUAAAUUAGAUUUAUCAUUUAAAUUGUAUGUAGAAAGAGAUUAAACAAACAAAUUAGAUUAAGUGUAGUAUUA